UUGUGUCAGGGAUGGUCAUUCAGUCCUGGACACAGCUGUAAAUAGGAAGGCCACAGUGUUCAGGCAGAGCAACGUACUGUACGACCUGGAAAUGGGACUCAACAGGGCAGACCACUAUGAGCUGGACAGCAGUGAUUUCAGGACAGAGAGGCAGAAGAAUAGUGGAAGCAGGAAAUGCUUCACGUUCGUAGUGAUUUAUUUGAUCCUGCUGACAGCACUCAAUUCAUUCCUGCUUUACAAAGUGUUCACAUUGCAGAGUGAGCUCCACCGCGUCAUUGGUGGGUCGACCGUAGACGGGUGGGUUUCCUCCACCAAUGAGGGGCGUCUGGACGCAGAGCAGUCCACAGGCACACGCGGAGACCACUUCUCGUCCCCGACGAACAGCAGCCUGGACCCGGCCUCUUUACAGAAGAGUCUGGGGACCCUGGAGGCCCGGAUGGACACCCUGUGUGGUGGUCCUGGGGGCGUGGGGCAGCUGAGGACAGAGCUGGGAAUGGUCAAUGCCAGCACGGUCCUCCUUCAACACAGACUGCUCAGCCUGAGCACCAAACCAGGUCCUCCGGGUACACCUGGAGCCCAGGGACCAAAAGGAGACUCUGGUUCUGCCGGUGUCCAAGGUCCAAAGGGUGAUCCUGGUUUUCCUGGCAUUACAGGACAUGCGGGAGCAGCAGGGCCUGGGGGAGAGAAGGGGGAUCCAGGUGUGCCUGGGUUGGAGGGCUUGAGUGGUGCUGAUGGGGAGAGAGGGGAACCGGGCCUUCAGGGCCCACCUGGACCCACAGGACCCGCAGGGGAGCCUGGCCCGGCAGGUUCAAAGGGUGACCCAGGAGAGCAGGGGACACCUGGAGUGCCAGGUGCUCCAGGUGUGAAGGGACAGGAAGGAAGAGCAGGGCCCCCAGCAGAGAGGGGCCCAGCUGGGGAGAAGGGUGACCCAGGGAACCAUGGAAUAACAGGACCUAGAGGAAUGCGUGGCUUCCCUGGACCACAGGGUGCCAAAGGGAAUAAUGGAGCUCCAGGCGCAGGCGGGCGGGCAGGAGUCCCAGGAGUCCCAGGGAUGAAGGGGGAGAAGGGUUUAAAGGGAGACACUGGCCUUAAAGGACAGCAAGGAUCGCCGGGGCUCGUGGGUCCCCCAGGCCCAAAAGGGGGGAGCGGGUUUACAGGGCCCAAAGGGACCAAAGGAAGUCCAGGGCUCACCGGCCGUUCAGGACUUCCAGGAAUUCCUGGAAGAAAUGGAACAAAGGGUGACAUGGGGUCCCGGGGACAGCAGGGGGAGCAGGGCAGAUCAGGGCUGCGUGGGGAGAAAGGGCAGAAAGGGGAACAAGGCCAGAGAGCAGGGUCAUCCGAGGUGAGGAUCGUCGGGGGAGGAACACGGGGCCGGGUUGAGGUCCUCAAUCAGGGCCAGUGGGGCACCGUGUGCGAUGACAGCUUUGACACCGUGGAUGGGACCGUCAUCUGCAGAAUGCUGGGCUACACGCGAGCUACCGCUGUGUUCACGGCCACAGCAGGAACGGGCCAAAUCUGGCUGGAUGAGCUACGCUGUGUUGGCACUGAAAGAAACAUCUUCCUGUGCCCACACGCGGGAAUCGGGGUCCACAACUGCAGCCACGGCGAAGACGCAGGCGUGUCAUGCGUGUAGCAGUGAACACAGUGCUCUUAUUGCACAUUCUAGUGAACUAAAUAACCAACUGACUGGCUGGCUGGCAGGCUUACUGACUGACUGAUUGACUGACUGACUGACUGACUGAUUGAUUGAUUGGACUGAUUGAUUGAUUGAUUGAUUGAUUGCAACCUGGGUCAAAUAUGUAAUUGUUUUGGAUUCAAAUACAAAUUCAAUUCAAUUCAAUUCAAAUUCAAAUACUUUUCCACACUUUACUUUACUUUAUAUCUGGUGUAUUGGGACCCAUGACAUACCCUCAAAAAGUGUGAAUCUCGCCUUUGGCUCAAUUCCACCAGGUAAGAUCAAGCUAGGACACAAAAGUAUUUGAAUCCAAAAUCAUUACCUUUUUCACCCAGGUCUGAUUGAUUGAUGGACUGACUGAUUGAUUGUAUUGAUUGAGUGAUUGAUUUGUGAUAUUGACAGUAUUUGCCAAGAAGCUUUGAGUAUUUUUACUUUCAUUUAGAGGGUGUGCCCAGUGUACCAUCAUAUAACUGUUGGUGUGAACAGAAGCAGUGAUGUAUUUUAGAAUCAGUGUCACACUGUGCAAAGUCAGCAGCCAUAUUAACAGCCUUGGAUGGACAGCACCCUUUCCUUUAUAAACAAAUUACAACAAUAUUUCUCUUGAUAUUACUAACAUUACUAAUUAUAUUGUUGUCAGCAGUGCUGUCUCAUAUCCUGCAAAUGUCUUGACAAUUAUUAUAACACUGAAAGAAAAACGCUUCAAUGUUCGCUCCUAUGGUUCACCCCCUGGGCACUUUUUCAUUGUUCACUAGGUAUGGUAAAAUGUUUUCAUGUCAUAUCAAUUUUUGUUGACCUGUGUAUCUCAUCAGUGUGACCUUGGGCUAACUGGUUAACUGGCUGUUUUCCACAUGUGAGCAAUAAAGCUAGGUUUCAUGUAA